AUGCCAGUGAAUAUUUCGGGCACCACUCUUCUUGCCACUACAGCCCAACAAGGUGCUGGAUUAGUGAAUGCAUUUCAACUCAUUCAAGCCACUACGAUAAUUUCACCUAGUGAGCUUGCACUGAAUGAUAGUAUCAGACAAGCCUCCUCGUAUACUAUCGAAGUAACCAAUAUAGGCAAUGAAACAGUCACGUACAAUAUCAAUCAUUCUGGUGCAGCAUUGGCUACUGGGUUACGGAAAGAAAAUGACAUGCUUUUAGCUCAACCAUUGUAUUCAGCCGACUAUGCUGUGAGUUCUACUUAA